CGUCAAUCGGUGUGUGGAUGGUGCGGUUCUAGAGAUUUCGCGAGGGGAAGGGGGGGUGCAAGGUAUAUAACCCCCGAUAAUUGCGCUUGUCUGCAACCAAGGACAAAAACAAACCCCAAGAUCUAACAGUCAGCACUCCAUCAACAGCAAAAAAGAUGUCCCUCAUCCGCUCAUUCUUCAACGAACCUUUCUUCGGCGACGAGUUCCUCACUCGGCGCGGCCGUCAAGACCCGUUCGACAGCCUCUGGCGUCAGCAGCAGCAGCUCUCCCACGCCAUCGACCAAGAGAUCCAGCGCUCUGGAUUCCCCGUGCUUCGCACUCCUCCCUGCCACGUGACCGAGGAGAAGGGAGAGUACGUCGUCGAGGCUGAGCUUCCGGGAGUGAGGAAGGAAGAUCUUGAUGUGAGGAUUACCGAGGGCGGGAGGACGCUCACCAUCGAAGGUCAUACCUUCCGGCGCACGGCGACUGCUCCUGAGCCCCAGGCGACUAUCUCGGAGCACAAGGAAGAGAAGGGCAAGGCGACGACGAAAGCCGUUUCCGCUCCUGCUGGAGGCAAGGAAGUCGCGAAAACCGAGGAAGAGCAGACGUAUCAGAGCACGUUCACCCGUUCGUUCACUUUCCCGAAGGCCGUGGACGGGGCGAAGAUCUCUGCCAAGUUCGAGAAUGGCCUGUUGACGCUGCAGCUUCCGCAGCUCGCCAACCCUCAGGAGCAUAAGGUUUUGAUUGCGUAGGUUUGUUUUGGUAGGAGCUGCCAGGAGCCAGGAUGACAAGGAUUCGCGGCCUCCUGCGCUGUUUGCUACUGUCCCGUUGUUGGUAUAGUCAAGAAAGCAACUGUCGUUCAAUAAAAAUGCAUGUAUCUCUUUGA